AUGGUUGUGGGUCGUUACAAUCGCAAUCGGAUGCUUGGGUUGGAAGAUGAUUCUAGCCAGUGGGUUACGGGUACAAAGGAUAUGAUGAGAGUUGCUGUGAAAUAUUUUGAAAACCUUUUUACAGCCUCUGACUUGGGAGGUGAUGAUAGGGUGAUUGGCCUUGUUGAAAAAAGGAUCUCUAGGAAUAUGAAUGAAAAGCUCCUUCAAAAGUUCACAAAAGAUGAUACUUGGCUAGCAGUCAAGUCAAUGGCGCCAUUGAAGGCCCCAGGAUCUUAUGGCUUCUGCAUUGAUGAAGCUCAAGGUGCUUUUAUUCUUGGCAGGCAAAUUUCGGAUAAUACCCUUAUAGCCUAUGAGGUUAUUCACUUCCUCAAAAUGAAGAAGAAGGGUAAACAUGGGAAUUUUGCACUUAAGCUUGAUCUUAGCAAAGCUUAUGAUCGGGUGGAAAGGGAUUUUUUGGCCAGAAUAUUGUCCAGAUUGGGCUUCCAUCAAGACUGUUUUGGUGACACAUCGGCUGAGGGUGUUUGCUCUGUCCGUAAUAUCUUAAAGGACUAUGAGUUGGUCUUAGGGCAAAAAAUUAACUUGGGAAAGUCAUUAAUCUAUUUUGGUGCGAAUGUGGGGGAGGCGAUCCGUUCUUCGAUCAUUGACAUUAUGGGUGUUAAAAGGGAAACGAACCCUGAAAAGUAUUUGAGUCUGCCAAUGAUGGUUGGGAGGAAGAAGAGAUGGGCCUUUUCAAAUUUUGCGGAUCAUUUUAGGAAGCGCAUUGCGGGGUGGAGUUUUAGGUAUCUUUCGAUGGGCGGAAAAGAAGUGUUUAUUAAGGUAGUUCUUCAAGCUCUUCCGAUCUAUAUUAUGCAAUGUUUUGCAUUACUUAAAACCUUUUGUCAUCAACUUGAAGGAAUAUUGAAUAAGUUUUGGUGGGCUAAUAAUAAGACAUCUAAAGGAAUCCACUGGAGUACGUGGAGUGCGCUUUGUUUACCGAAGGUUUAUGGUGGGAUGGGUUUCCGUGACCUUUGUUUGUUUAACAAAGCCCUUUUAGCCAAGCAAAAUGAUCCCUGGAUACGGGGUCCUGGAAAUGGUCGUCUGUUAGUUCAUUCUAUGGAUAUUAACUGGACCAUUGUGGAUCAAUUUUUAAAUGAUGAGUCUGAUACCUGGAAAAAGGAGGUGAUUUAUAGACUGUUUGAUGAUAAGCAAGCUCGGUGUAUCCUCAACAUCCCACUUGCUGGGAGUGGGUCUUCAGAUAUGCUCGUUUGGUGGCAUGAUGCAUCCGGGGAAUACUCAGUGAAGAGUGGAUAUAGGUCUUUGCUUACAAAUGUGAUUCAACAAACAGUUACAACUGGUCAUACUAUUGAGAAUUACAAAAACAUUUUUACAUCAAUUUGGGAUCUCCAGAUCCCUGCCAAGAUGAAAAUUCAUCUUUGGAGCCUCUUUAAGAACUAUGUGCCUCAUUUUUUGAAUUUGGUUCAAAGGAGACUACAUGUUGAUUCUAGCUAUGUCCAAGAUUCAAGUUUCUAUAAAACUAAAGGUCUGUCCCGUGUUACGAAAAGGAAUGUUUUGUGGAGACCUCCUAAGUCUGGGGUUAUCAAGCUAAAUUUUGAUGCCUCUUUUGCGAGUAACACUAAUUUCUUUAUCUCAGCUGUGUUAGCCAGGGAUUCCGUGGGUCAGAUUAUGGGUGCAUGUUCUUACCCGUUGUUGGAUGUAGCAAACACUUUUGUGGCUGAGGCGAGAGCUUGUGAGAAGGCUCUUUGUUUUGCUUUGGAUAUGGGUUUUAGGAAGGUUGUCCUGGAGGGCGAUUCUCUUAAAGUUAUCAAGAAAUUAAACUCAAAUAUUGUUGAUAGAUUUGUUCUCAGUCCUAUUUCUCAACACAUUCAGGUUUUAGCUGGAUCUUUUGAAGAGGUUACUUACCUUUUUGUUCCCAGGGAGGCAAAUAAGGCAGCUCAUGAGUUGGCGAUGGUUGGUCGGAAUCGGAAAUUGCCAUGCUUCUGGGUUGAAGAGGCACCCUUAUCUGUUAUUGAGGCGGUGGAGUCAGAUCGCUAUGAGUGGUUUCAUCGUUGCUAA